AGGAUGAAGAUAGUGGUGGCCAAAGUGCUGUGUCUGCUGGGCAUCUGCGUCCUCAUGCUGGCUGGCUCCCUCCUCCCCGUUAAGAUAAUUGAUGCCGAUUAUGAGAAAGCUCAUCGCUCCAAGAAGGUUCUUGCCCUCUGCAAUUCUUUUGGAGGAGGGGUCUUCCUGGCCACCUGCUUCAACGCCUUGCUGCCUGCCGUCAGGGAAAAGCUCGAUGAGGUUCUCAGGCAGGGGAACAUGACCACGGACUACCCGGUGGCUGAAACCAUCAUGAUGGUUGGCUUCUUUGUGACGGUCUUUGUGGAGCAGCUCGUCUUGACCUGCCAGAAGGAGAAGCCCUCCUUCAUCGACUUGGAGACCUUCAACGCUGGCUCAGACGUGGGGAGUGACUCUGAGUACGAGAGUCCCUUCAUCGCCUCUCCCCGCGGGCGCACGCUAUAUGGCGAGCACGGCCACCACAGCCACGGCCUGAACGUGCGGGAGCUCUCCCGCGCCGGCCCCCUGCGGCUCAUCGGGCUGGUGUUUGCCCUGUGCACACACUCCAUCUUCGAGGGGCUGGCCCUGGGCUUGCAGGAGGAGGGCAGCAAAGUCGUCAGCUUGUUCCUCGGGGUUGCCGUUCACGAGACACUGGUAGCCGUGGCGCUGGGCAUCAGCAUGGCCAAGGCCUCGUUGCCGCUGAAGGAUGCAGUGAAGGUGGGCGCGACGGUGAGCCUGAUGAUUCCGCUGGGCAUUAGCGUCGGGAUGGGGAUCGAGAGCACCCAAAAUGCGGCCAGCAACGUUAUUUCCCUGCUGCUGCAAGGCCUGGCAGGGGGCACUUUCUUGUUCAUCACCUUCUUUGAGGUCCUCGUGAAGGAGCUGGAAGACAAGAACAACCGUCUCUUGAAGGUUCUCUUCCUGGUGCUGGGCUACGCGGCGCUGGCUGUGCUGGUCUUCUUCAAGUGCUGA